AUGGCACCGCGCAGUAGGCGCAGCGCGGCCGCCGCGCCCGAGGCGGUGCAAGACGAGCAGGAGCAGGAGCAGGAGCAGGAGCAAGAGCUGGAGCAGGAGCAAGAGCUGGAGCUGGAACGCGGCGACGAGGCACGCGAGGGCCUGAAGAAGCUCACGUUCAAGCAACCGCUUGUUGGCCGGCCCGGCAAACAGAUUGGCGUCAACGACCUGUUGACGCGACUCAAGGCGCUGCUCGACGAACUGCGCACCAUAGACCAGGAAGAGGCACACCGCGACUCGCUCAUGCCCGUCGCCGAGUCGCUGGCCCACCACAGCCUCGUGCAGCACAAGGACAACGGCGUCCGCGCGUGGACCCUGUGCUGCAUCGUCGACAUGCUGAAGCUGUUUGCGCCCGAUGCGCCCUACCCGGCCUCGAAGCUCAAGGACAUCUUCUCCGUCAUCAUCCUCAAGCUGCUGCCGCUCCUCGCCGAGCCCGCGCACCCCUACAACAGCCAGCACAUGUACAUCCUCCGCUCGCUCGCCGAAUGGAAGAGCAUCCUCCUCAUCAACGAGAUCCCGGGCUCCCAUCACCUCACCGCCGCCCUCUUCACCACCUGCUUCGACGUCCUGUCUGCCUCGUCCAGCGGCCAAGAGCUGAGCAAGAACGUCGAGCACAACAUGACCGAGAUCCUCUCCACCAUCAUAGACGAGGCCCCGGCAGUCACGCACGACGUGGUCGACGUUGUCGUCGCCCAGUUUCUCUGGGCCGAUCCCUUCACCCUCGCCGCCUCAGCCAGGGCCAACAAGAGCCUGCACAUCGACGCCAAGCAAUCAACGCUGCGGCGCAAAGAGGCACCGCCCGCCUACAACAUGGCUAAGAAUGUCUGCAACGCUUUCCCAGAGAAGAUGGCUCGCCUCAUCGGCAACUAUUUCAGCUCAGUCAUUGUCGACUUCACCAACUCGGGGAGCACAUACAAGCCCCACUCCAAGGACCAAGGUGCCGACGACCUUCGUCGCGGCCCCUCAGAGGACGAUAUCAAUGAGGCACAUAAAGCACACCGGCUAUUGCGCGAGCUAUGGAAAUGCUGUCCUGGCGUGCUUCAGGAGAUCGUCCCGCAUCUACAGGACGAGCUCGCCACGGAGAAUGUGCAGCUCCGUCAGCUUGCUACCGAAACAUUCGGCGACAUGAUAUCAGGCAUUGGUGCAGCUGGCCCACCUCCUCUGCCCGACAUGGACCCAGUGGCCUAUCCUUCACAGAGCCUGUCGCGCGCAGACUCGGCGCGACCCUUCGACUAUCUCACCACGCCAGUCUCUAUCAACUCGUUCCCCACGCAAUACCCUGUGGCCUAUCAUUCUUUCCUCCAGCGUAAGAACGACAAGUCUGCCAUCAUACGCGCCGCUUGGACCACCGGAAUCGGUCGCAUAUUGAUGACAUCCGCGGGUGGUAUUGGUCUCGAUCUCGAAGAAGAACAGAAGCUGCUCAAGUACUUUAGUGAAUGCUUGAUUGAUAGCGACGAGAAGGUGCGUCUAGCCGCCGUCAAAGCGAUUGCGCACUUUGACUUCAUCGACAUCGUUCGCAAGCUCGGUAGCAACGGCAGUAUGGCGGAAGCGGGGUCCAUUCUCUCCAAUCUUGCCGAUCGCGUAAAGGACAAGAAAAACGUCAUCCAUUCCGAGUCUAUGAGACUCCUCGGCAAGAUAUGGGGUGUAGCUGCUGGUGCCAUCGCUGAGGGCGAUGACAGCAUCAAGGCUCUGCUCGGCCCAAUUCCAUCCCGUAUUCUCGAAGCUUGCUACGUGAACGACCUCGAAAUCAACGUGCAGGUCGAUCUCGCGCUAUACGACUCGCUGCUUCCGCUUGCUUAUCCACCCGUUAAAGCAAAAGCACCGCCAGCUGGGAACUCCCAAACCGGAAAAGACAGCCAGACAAACAACGACCCGGGUUACACAGAAGCAGGCCUGGAUAAGAUGCGAACCGAAAGACUGCUCGUACUCGUCAACGGGCUGGAGGCGAAAGCCAAGAAGGUCUUUUUCGCGAAACAAGGGAACCAGGGUCCCGGUGCUAGGUACAUGGAGCACUUUCUAAAACUAUGCGAAGACUACAAUGGUGGCGUCACAGAAAAGGGUGAGAAGGAUGUCAAGACAAAUCUGGAGGGCCUCAUCACCUACUACGCGAAGACACUUCCCGAUCCAACCCGCGUUAGGGACGAUUUAUGGAAAUUUGCCAAAGCCCACGAUCGCCGUACCUAUGCUCUCAUCCGGUUCUGCGUGGAUCCAGCGAGUGACUACCGCCGGGUUGUUAGGUCCAUCAAGGAGCUAAGAAAGAGGAUUGAGGAGGGGCCAGGCUCUUCAGUGCUCGAUACCUUGACACCACUUCUCUACCGCGUUAGCCUACUGUGCUACAACAAAAGCCAUGUACCAGCUGUCAUCGAGUAUACUCGCACCAACGACAAGGGCCUUGGUGCCACUGCUCACGAGUUGUUGAAAGAAAUCUCCACAAAACACCCCAAGGUUUUCUCCACCCACGUAAAGGAUCUCUGUAAAACACUUGAAAGUGAGGCACCUACAGCAACGAAACCCAACCCUCCUGGUGCAGUAGACGAUCUCAAAGCCUGUGCUGCAUUUGCACAGAAGUUCCCCACGGACAUACCAAUGAACGGAAAGGACAGCCUAAAGUUGGUACAAAGCUUUCUUAACUUUGCCUUCUACGGUACACCUCCGCAAGCGGCAAAGCAUGCAAUCACCAUCAUUAUGAACAGUGAUGACAAGAAGGAGAUGCAUGCGAAGGAAAUUCUCACGAAGAGCAUCAAAGGCUUCCAGUACGCUGGGGCUCACUGGCUUAGCAAAUUAGCUGCGCUGAGUCAACUAGUAUUACUAGCGCAGCAAGAUUGCGAAGAUGAUAUGGAUGCCAUCGUUGAGAUUGCUAUCAAGGAGGUUCUCCAGAAACCACAUGUGAUGCUAGCCGACGCAGAUAUCGAGUGGAUGGAUAUACCGGAUGACGAAAUCCAAGGCAGGUCGUGGGCGAUCAAGAUUCUAGUGAACCGGCUACGCUCCUUGCCGUCUGAUGCCAACUUCAACGAUGCUGCAGAAGACACGUACAGGCUACUAAACCGCUACGUGAAAGACAGCGGGGAAGGCUCGGCGGAUGGCAACACCCCAGCAGGACACAAAUCGCGCCAGCGGCUUCUUGCAGCCAAUUCCUUACUCAAACUCUCAUGCAACAAGCGCCUAGAUGCUUUCUUGAGCCCCGCUGACUUUGUUCAACUCGCUCUCAUUACGCAUGACCCUUGUGCGCAGGUGCGUCAGAGCUUUGCUGACAAGUUGAUGAAAUAUCUUGGUCAGGGCCGGUUGCCGCCACGAUUCUAUACCAUCCUCUUCUUCCUCGCACAUGAGCCUGAAAAGACCAUCAAGAACAGCACCAUGACCUGGAUUCGAGCACGCCGCGCUGCUUUUUCUGCACGAAAGGAGACAAUAUUGGAGACCGUAUUCGCUCGGCUAUUGAGCUUGCUUGCUCACCACCCCGACUUCGACACAGAAGACGAGACACUAAAGCUUAUGGCAGAGUACAUCUUGUAUUACCUCAAAUGUAUCGCAACUGAGGAGAACCUGUCGCUUAUCUUCCAUGUCGCUCAACGCGUCAAGGGCGUAGCAGACGGCAUUGCACCAUCACGCCAGGCUGAUGAGAAUCUUUACAUCUUGUCAGAUCUAGCGCAGGCUCUGAUUCGUUCGUGGGAAGAGCAGAACAACUGGACAAUGCAAUCAUGGCCAGGGAAAACGAAAUUACCCUCCGGUAUCUUCCGGCCUCUUGAGAGUCACGAUCGGGCGCAAGAGAUUGCCAAGAAGACAUGGAUUGGGGAAGACCUCGUCGACGAACUUGAUGUACUCGUGCGAAAAGCUAUUCGAAGCAAGAAGCGCAAGGCCUCAGAUGGUAUGGAGAAGCCACGUAAGAAGAUCAAGGGCGACCGAUCUAUCAAGAAUAAGAAGGCCAAGACUGAGCGACCCGUUAAGACACCGAAGAAGAAGAGGAGAGCUGGUGACGAUGAUGGUGCGAGCGAUGUUGAGGGCGGUGUUCCGCCAUCUAGUGGACCACGAAGAAAGAGCGAUCGACGGAGCAUUGCACACAAGAGCUAUGUUGAGGUAUCAAGCGAUGAAGAAGGCGCAGGAGGUGUUGCUGAAGAUAUCCAAGAAGAAGCUAAAGAAGAAGCUGAGGAAGAGAGCGAUGCAUCGGAUGCAGAACAAGAAGACAAAUCUACUCCUGCUGCGGAAGUAGAUGUGGCUAUGAACGACGCAGAAGUAGCGGCUGAGAAAGAGCACGGAGAUAAAGCAGAAGACUCUGAACUUUCAGACCCAGGAUCGUCUUCAGAGCCCGAGCCCGAGCCCGAACCUGCGCCAGCAAAAAGAACACGCGGAAAGGGUGCUGCUAACACGAACGGCGUUAAUCCAUUACCAGUCAUCCAAAAACGCAAAGCUGCCAAUCUGAUCAAAGAAGCCACACCGCCCAAGUCCGCGAGGAGCACGACUAGAACCAAAGCAAACAAAGCCAAGGCUAAUGGCGCUGCUGCGACCUCCUCACCCACUUCUGCCACCAAUGGUACUGUCCGACGCAGCGGCCGCGCUCGUGGCUGA